AUGGCAACAAUAUAUGAAAGGCGGUUAUUUGUAAACUUCAAACUUUUUCAAUUUGCUGGUUUAUUUAAUUAAACUUUUUCAGGUUUUUGCUUUCUUUUUAUUGCCUAUUUUAUUAUGGAUCGCGCAAAUACAGAGAUCUUCUCACCUAUACGCAACUUUGAUGAGGAAAAGAGUAAACGACGAUCAGACAGUUUUUCAAAAUUUUUGAAAGGACCAGAUGUUUUUAAAGAGAACUUAGUUAAUUCUGAAAAUUUGGGAAAUGUUGAUGAAAAUAUUCCUGUUAAAAAAAGCUUAAGUAAGAAAUCAACUAAAAUGCUUCAAAAGAAAACUGCUAAAAGUAAAACUUUGACAAAUAAAGAUAAUAUGGCAUCAUGUGCAUCCAUUCUUGAUGAAGCAUUUACUAUUUCUCCUGAAGAAACCAGUUCACUCAAGAAAGAAAAAUCAUCACUUGCAUCUAAAAGAAGUAAAGACUUAUUAAUCAAUUUUGUAGCUAAAAGAAAUGAUAAAAUGAGAACAAAUCAGCAGAAGGAAAUUGAAGGAAAUAAUAAGGGAAAAUAUUCUCAUUCAGCUAAACAAAAUUCUAUGAAUUUAGCUAAAUGUUCUCUGCAAUCUGGAGCUGCCAUUGUGCCCAAAACUGUUGGUUCUGAAAAAUUUGAGAAAACUGACAAGUCGUCUUCAGUAAAUCAGCGUAACCCAUUAUCUCAGAUACAAUCAGGAGUGCUUGAACAAAUAAUAAAUGAUGCUGUUGAAUCUAAAGUUGAGGGCAUUCAGCAAUUGCUGUGGUCACAUUACACAGAUUUAUUGAAGACCAUUUAUAUUAUUAAAGAUGAAAUGGAACAAAGACAUGCAUCAGAAAGUACAACUAUGUUUAAAAUUAUUGAAGAACUGUUAGAAGAAAAUCGUUUGCUUAGAAAUGCAAUACUGGCACGUCAAUAGAUCUUUUUUUUUUUUUUUUUUAACUUUGCUUUCCCAUUUUAUAUGGAUUUCACUUUAUAUAUUUUUUAAGUUAAUAAAACAUAAUAUUUCAAUA